GCAUCAGCGUGACUCAGAACAACUAAAUUAGAAACUUAAAGCAGCAAAGGGAAGAUAUGGAAUUUUCUUGCAAGGAUUUCAAGGUAGGGAAAUGCCAAGGCCAAAAGCUGGUGGAUGGUGAAUCCAUGCCACUGGUUCUGCAACCCCCCGAGGCAGACAAGGCUGAUAUGGAGUCGCUUCUGUUGGCUUUGAAGACAAACAAGGAUUGGUUUGAGGAAUUGAUCAUGAAAAACAGUGCUGUCCUCCUCCGGGGUUUUGAUGUCAAGAAUGCACAAGACUUCAAUGACAUCGUUGAAGCCUUUGGUUGGGAUGAUAUUCGUUAUGUCGGACCAGCACCUCGGACGCAUGUGCAUAAACGUGUCUGGACAGCUAACGAAGGACCUCUCUCUGAGUUCAUAUAUUACCAUCAUGAAAUGGUUCUGAUAAAGGAAUCUCCGAAGACAUUACUACUAUUCUGCGAGGUGCCACCACCGGAAGGUGGAGAGACGCCCUUUGUUCCUAGCUUUCGAGUAACAGAGCGGAUGCUAGAGGAAUUCCCAGAAGCUGUGGAGGAAAUGGAUGCCAAGGGGUUACAAUACUCAUUUACAGCCCUCAGCAAGAACGAUACAUCAUCAAUGAGGGGCAGAGGCUGGGAAGAUACUUUUGGAACAUCGGACCGUGAAGAGGCCGAGAGAAGGGCCAAAGCGCUGGGAAUGGACUUGGAGUGGCUACCUAAUGGGGGAGUGAAGGCUGUAUUGGGACCUCGAUCUCUAACUAGGGUGUUCGAUGGAAGGAAGGGGAGGAGAAUGUGGUUUAACACUGUAGUCGGUAUGCAUGGAAAAGAGAUAAGCUCAGCUAGCAUGGCGGAUGGAACAGAGAUUCCAGAGAAUGUAGUUAAGAGAUGUGGAGAGAUCAUAGAAGAAGAAAGCAUUCAAUUCAAGUGGGAGAAGGGUGAUGUUGCCAUCUUUGACAACAUGGCUUUGCUCCAUGGACGGAGGCCUUCUAAGCCCCCCAGAAGAGUCCUUGUUGCCACUUGCAAGUAG